CGGCGGCGGUUGGUUACCUCGGGGCGGUUCGCGACCCGUGGAGCUUCGCGUGGGGUCUUGGAGGGUGCCCGGCCCCACCCCACGCCCCCCACGUGGCCUCGGUGAUACAACCUGUGGUACCGGGAGGCUACUGCUCCUGGAAGCUUGGACCGACAGUCUUGCUUGCAUUCUCUUCAGUCACAAAAUAAGAGCGGAGGGUCCUUGAGCCCCGGACAGGGCAUCAGAACCGGGCCUCCCAGCCCUGGGCCGAGGAGAGGUGAAGGAGGAGCAGCCAUCUGAUCGCUACUGGGCCCCAGGUUCCUGUGGCGGCAGCGCCAGGGCCCAGGCCGCCGGUCACUCCCCGAAUGAUGGAGCCUCCCCGGGAGAAGCCGGGAGAGGCCGAGGGCCCGCGCAUCACACCCCAGCUGCUGAAGUCGCGCACGGGCGAAUUCGCCCUGGAGUCCAUUCUGUUGCUGAAGCUGCGAGACUUGGGGCUGGCGGACCUGGGCUGCCUGGGGGAGUGCCUGGCCCUCGAGUGGCUGGACCUGUCGGGCAACGCCCUCACCCAGCUGGGGCCUCUGGCCUCCUUGCGCCAGCUGGCCGUGCUCAACGUCUCCAACAACCGGCUGACGGGCCUGGAGCCGCUGGCGUCCUGCGAGAGCCUGCAGAGUCUCAACGCGGCAGGCAACCUGCUGGCCGCGCCGGGCCAGCUGCAGUGUCUGGCGGGGCUCCCGGGCCUCCAGCACCUGCGGCUCCAGGACCCGCUGGCGCGGCUCAGCAACCCGCUGUGUGCCAGCCCCUCCUACGGCGCCGCGGUCCGGGAGCUGCUGCCCGGCCUGCGGGUCAUCGACGGGGAGCGCGUGAGCGGGCGCGGCAGUGAGCUUUACCAGCUGUGCCGAGACCUGGACCGCUCCCUGCGCCCCAGCUCCGGCCCGCGCCCCCGAGCCGCGGAGGCCCAGCCCUGGGUGGAGCCCGGCUACUGGGACAGCCGGCCCACCCGGAGCAGCUCCAUCCUGGAGGAGGCCUGCCGGCAGUUCCGGGACACGCUGCAGGACUGCCUCGAGCUGGACCGCCAGGCCAGCGACCGCCUGGCCCGCGCCCAGCAGACCCUCAGCCCCGCGGGCGCCGCCGCCUCCUUUGUCUUCUGAGUGCAGUGCGCGCCAGGCCCGGGGGGGGGGGGGGCCCCCCCACCCCACCCCCCGGCGCUCCUCGCCGGUGCCGGGCCAGCCCCGCACACUCGCCGCUCACCUCGCCCCGUCCUGACUGCAGCCCUCUUUGCCACCCCUCGAGGACGCUGCCUCCUGCUCCAUGCAGGUGGGGGUGCAGCCGAACCCCGAUUCGCAGCCGCUCCGUGGCCAGCUUGCUUCUCACCUGCUCUU